ACACCUGGACACCUGGACACCUGGACACCUGGAAUUGUUCGCUCGGUCCUUGUCCGAUCGUAGGGAUAGAAGGUUGGUGGGAGAAGGACGAAAAUGGUGGGAGCUGAGCAAAGGUGGGAUUUCUCGCGAACGAGGAGAGAGGGACGGCGGAACUGUCAGUGUUACAUCGGUCCUCUUCACGUAAGGACGAGCCACAAGGAUCACCUGCGAAUCACCUCUCGUCGGGACACCUCUUCUCAACCAGAAAAAAAACGGAGCAUCACCCGUCGAGUGGUCGCAGAACGAUCGGGAUUUAACCAACCAUGGCGACACCACAGGCUUCCUCGCGACUGGAAUUAUUGCAGGCUCGUUUCCAGCAGAAGCAGCUACAAGAAAAGGAGCAGAAGUUGCUGCAGCUUUACGACCAGCAACAGCAAAGAGCUUAUCAGGUGGUGCAACGUGGUAGCGCCGGUUCAAACGGGUCAAAUCAUGGUUCCUCGAUCAGCCAACACACCGUCACAAAAACCACCACCACCAGCCAUACAACCUCGACCUCGCAGAGAGGAAAGGUGAGGCAGAUGUUCGACGAGAGACGGCAGACUACUGUGAAAGGCAUCGACAGAAGCUACCCGCUAGAGCCGCUGGAGAACAAACCGCGGAAGCAAACGAACGGAAAUGUCGCGCAGAAGAACGGAAAUUUGACGGUGAACCGAGAAUCCGUGAGUGUAAAGCGAGUGGCUCGCGCUGACGUGAACAGCAAUUUGAAUGGUGGCAAACCUAUCGUCUCGUAUCACCAAGAGAUAACUCGAGAAUCGUAUGGACCCUCUGGUCGCCAACCGUCUGACGAUGAUGAGUUUGGAAAUGAUGAAAAUCAUAUUAAUCAAUAUGCGAAUGGAAAUCAGACACACAUCGAGGAGGUUUUAGACGAAGACACGAUCGAAAGAAAUCGCAUGAUGGCGAAACUUCAUUUGAUGGAGUACGACGAGACGUUGAAACAUCGUGUUAAAAACGACCUCGAGAGCGAGGAAUUCCCAGAGGACUACAUGGUAGACGUUCCCGAUAAACUUCCAAAACAAAGUGUUACCAAGAAGUUGUCCCAAGCCGAAGCCAGGUUGGAACGUUUUAAAAACGCCAACGCGAAACGAAACAACAGCCUUACAAAGAAGAAUCCAAGCACUGUUCUAAAGAAACGAUCAGACCCGAUAUUCCCAGCUAAAUCUACUUCCAGCGAGGAUGAAGGCAAGACCAGGAUUCAAAGAGGAUCUAGAAAUGUUGAGGAAGACAUGUCAUUUUCGUUGGAUUCUGAAAAGAAUUUCAAACGAACAAAUGAAAAUCCAAAGUUUUUUUAUGAACACACUGGAAAGUUGAGGGAUUUGAAGGGUGAUGAAGAAUUGAUAGAUAGGACUCGACGAAGCGAGAGUCCCAGAUUCUUUUGUAAAGAAUCUGAGAAAUCUGCUACCACUUACGCAAUUGACUCGCGAAGUCGAUCAACAUCUCCUGAUUUUGUAAAAAUAAAACCAAGAUCUGAAGAAAAUAUAUCUAUAAAAUCAAAUUUCAGUAUUGACAAUUCUAAAGACAUCGAUGAAGCAUUCUCUUCCAAAACUUACCAAAAAAUUAAAAGUGAAAUGGAAUCAAAACCAACUACUAAAAGAAUGCCUAAUGUUUUUGAGCGUCUAACAAGACGCAGUUCAAGCCCCAAAUGUCUGCAAACAAACCUGAAAAAUACAAAAUUCUCAAAAUCACCAAAUUUAACAAAGAAACGUAGUGGAAGAUCCACUUCAAGUCCACUAUUUUUUACUUCAGAUUCUGAAAAAUCAGCUACCAUCAUGUUAGUGAUCCCAGAAACAAUCAUCAAAAGAAAAUCUGACAAAACUAAAAAUGUAAACUUUAAAAAUUGUAAAAUUGAUACAUCUGUUAUUGAACCAAGAAGGAGAAUGUCUGAAGAAAUCAUUGAUGAAAGCUCUAAACACAGGAUAAGAAGCUCAGUAUCCCGAUUCUUCUCCGACCAAUGCGAGAAAGUAUCCAGAAACUCGGAAGACGGUACAAGAGACAUCGUUCAAUCAGCGAAAGGUGGUUGGUCGCGUGAUUCGUCUCCAUUGUCGCUAAAAGACAUGGGAACAAGUCGAAAGUGUGCAGAAUUUUCAGAGAAAGCUAUCUCGGCGACAAGUAUCGAUAGCAUUCGUCGUGACUGGUCACCAAAGUCGAGACGAAACAGCAAAAGCCUAAAUCCGCAAUUCCCUAAAAACAAAAAUCACCGAAAAUCCACUGAAAACACUUUACUAAAACAAUCUAAAUCAAUAUCGCAGAAGAACAUUAAAAAGUCAAAAUCAAAGAGUCCUGAAAUUGAUCGAGGAACAGUGAACGUUUUACGAUCGACAAGAUUGAUUCGUGACGCUAUAAAGCGUCAGAAUGAUAAUGAUGAUAAAAAUGAAAAGGAUGAAGGAUCGAGGAGGAAUUGUAGAAACACGGAAGGAAUAUCAACUGCUGCUGAUUUCGAGAAGAAAGUUGCCGCGGCCGAAUCGAGUCCGAAAAGUUCCACUUCCGUCGAAGUGGACGCGGAGAUCCAGGAAAUCACGAUGCCUGAUCAAUACAUGGAGCAUCAGCGAGGAGAGAGCAUUAACUCGAAAUCGCCUGAUAAGACACGGAGGUCGAGGAUGGAAGAGCUUUUCACGUAUUCGGUGCGCAAACCUGGUAGAAAGAGCGUUUUCGAGCUAUCGAAGAGAGAUGAAGAAAAGACGGAUCGUCUAGGAACAUUCGGAAGGUACACUAGAAGAAAUGAGAAGUGUCAAAUUAAGGGAGAUCGAGAAAUCGAAGCUGAAAUUUGCCCGUUAGGAGAAGAAAAGAUUUUUGGUAAAUAUAGUACACGAAAACAUGAUAAUUUUGAAUAUACAAAGAAAAAUUGUUUGUCAACAAAUAGUCCUUCUCCAACGAGCAACUCUACUAUCUGUAGCUCAAAAAAUGUAACAAGUAAAAUUAUUACAAAAGAAGAUAAUAAAGUCAAGAAUCUAAAUUCUGGAGAAGAAAAGAAAAUUCGAAAUAAGUCUAAUGAUUUGAUUAUUCCUGUUUCAAAACGAAAAACAAUUGAAAAAGUUAAAGUUGUAAAUCGAAAAAACGAGAGAAUUUUACAUAGAAAAACACCAAGUCCUAUUCAAUUGAAGCAAAAGAAAAACAGCUCCAAAUCGCCUCAAAUGACAAAAGAAUCUGAAAUUCUGCAUUCAAUGGAAUUGGUUCGAAAAGUCAUCAAAGGGGAAAGCUUCGAUAAAGGAGUAAUUAAUAAAACAAUAGAUUCUAAUGAAAAGAAAAGUGAUUCUACUAGAAAGUCAAGUUCCACGAUUGUUUACAUAAACGAUGAAUGUUCGAGGAAGAAUUACGAAAGGACGGACUCGGUGGAAUCCGCGCUCAAACGUUUCGAUUCCAUCGGCACAGAAUCAGUUCAAAGCAGCACAGAGAAAAGACAAACCUUCGAGGAAGCUAAGGCUAUUUCUCUGAAAGCUCUCAAUCAAAUCGAUGCAAAUCUUCCUCAAAGUAUUUCGACGCUUUCCCGAGAAAUUGAGAAAAACGAGUCGAAAACUGCUAGAGCUAGAGACUCCAUAGAGAUGGCUAGAAUCACGAUGGGGUCCACAACACCCGCUUGUAAGAGAAAACUGUUCCAAUACGAUUCUGAAGAGGAGACUGAAACUGGCAGCUCUAGAUCGAGGUACAGCUUGGAAAAAUUAGAUUUGAAAAAUGAGAAAAUUUUGGGAAAAAAAGAUAAAUCGAGAGACGAAGAAGUUUCUUUGUCUGUAAAACAAUUGAGAUCGAUCGAGGAUAUUCGAAAAUCAAUCGACUCCUCCUGUUUCGAAAGGAAAGGAACGUCGACGAAGUCAGCGAUUGCAAAUGACACCUUGAAAUUGAAACGAUUGCCAAGGCGAUCAGAGAAUCUCGCAGAAAAGAACGACACUUUAGGGGAUGCAGAACGUUCUUUUAUAAAAUGUGCGAUACGUUUCUCCAGGGUAACGAAGAGUCCGAGUCCAGAUUCGACGAAAACGACGGAAACGAGCAGCCGUGCGAGAAGAAACGUCCUUUCGUCACCGUCGAAGAGUCCUGACACUGUAGCGAGGCGUCCGUCUAUCGAGAUGAAAGGGCAAGAAGCAAGAUCGACGAAACGACCAACUCUUAUGAAAGGCACAGAGCCAAUUGGAAACAGGAAGACGACCACCACCACCACCACCACCACCACCACCACCACGAGUAGGAGAAAAUCGACGGAUGUCGUCGAUGGUGCUAUUCUCGAAAAUGGUGUGCAUUUACGAGACCAAACUGCCGAAACGAAAUACGAUAACGACUCGGCCGCGUCGAAGAGGAGCGAUGCUUUUGUCAUCGAUUUCGACGAGCAACCGCCGAAGGAAAACGAUGCUUCACUUCCGAGGAAAUCAUUGUUGAGAAAACAAUCGACCGACAAACAAAUACCUUCCACUCAAACUGGUCGAUCCCCUUCGGCAAUGUCGUCCACCUGUACCGGUAGUUCCGUGCAGGGUCAAGUUUCCGGUUCCAAAGGAAAAAUAGCUUCAAAGGCGAAGACACCGACUUCCGGAGCUACGCAGAAAACAUCAGCUAGCUCCAAAUGUGGAGGAAAUGGCGUAGUCGCCGACAGUCUGGUAGCCUGUAAAAUAUGCGGUCGACGUUUCGCUCAAGACCGAGUGACCCUUCACGAACAGAUUUGCACGAAGACGGCGCAAAAGAAAAGAAAACAAUUCGAUGCGAUGAUGUAUCGCGUUAAAGGCACGGAUCUCGAAAAAUUUGUCAGAUCAGGACACUGUAAAAAGCAGCCCGAGAAAUUAAAGAAACCGGUACCGAAGUCGAACUGGCGCCGCAAACACGAGGACUUUAUUAAUGCAAUACGAUCGGCGAAGCAGGUGCAAGCGCACCUGGCUGCAGGAGGGAAACUCAGCGAUUUACCGCCACCACCAGCCAGUGAUACCAGCGAUUACGUUCAGUGUCCUCAUUGCGGAAGAAAAUUCAAUCAAUCCGCUGCUGAGCGUCACAUUCCUAAAUGCGAAAACAUGUUACACAAUAAGCCGGUACACUCCCGAGCACCGAAACCGAAGCGUUAAUCAUCAUUGCCGAGAAGAACACCUUUAUUUUUUAGCAGGAUAGAAUUGAAACUUUAUCUUACGCGAAAGAAGCUUUUCAACGAAUCAAAUUGAAACGAUAAUUAUUUAUUUAAAAUGAUAACAAAAAUAUUCUACGUUAAAGCUAUGUAUUAAAAAUAAAUUGUUCGUAAAGUCUUGUUCGCCGUUGAUACAUAUUUUAAUGCAAUUUUUAUACGUAAAAAAAGUUACACUGAUUUACAUCUGCAAUUUGACCCAAGUUAUAUACCAGUUCUUUUGCGUGAUAUUGAAACAAAUGGAUUUUUCAAUUACCUUAUGAAGUUUAUAUGUAUGUAUCAAGCGAAAGGAGCUUAUGAAUUUUAUAUAUAUAUAUGGUCAUUUUUUAAAGAGAUUGUGAAGGUAAAUUUACAAAAAAAGCUUGAGUAAUUCUUUAUUUCUCUUUUUUAAGAAUUUGAAAACUGAUAUUUAUGAAACAGACUUGGAGGAUAUACAAUGUUCUAUUGUAAGAAGCUUCAGAACUUUGGAACAAUUGCUUUAUACGUAUUUAUACACUUUUUAUACUAUAAUAUUAAUGAAAGAUUAUACGAACGUUCGUCAUUUUAUAAUCAACUCUCCCAAAGGAUAUCACCUCCAUACGAAUACUGAAAAUCACAUAGAAUUCAAGGAUCAAUGCUGACCGAUUAAUACCACGAAUAUUGUGAUUUAUUAUUUUGUAAGUUUCCAUCGCGAUAGAUCGUCUUACAAGAACAUUUUUAUAGCGCUUAGUCUCUUUAAUAAAUGAAAAGUGUUGUAACUAAUAAACUAACUUUUUAAUAAAAACAA